CGUGGAGUUUUUUUGUUUAUGCUGUCGACACUGGAUGACAGCGACUGCUGCUGAGAGCUUCAGAUCAUACGCCGCCGUGGGAAAAUAUGCUGCGUUUGUGUAGCUAACUAACGUUAGGUAGUUUGUUCACGUUUCGCACUAUUUAUUAUUAAAGUAUUUGUCUUUGAGGAAAGAUCACAGGAAAAGUUUCCCGAAUAGCUGUUCAUAGCGGUAGCAGUCCGUUAGCUAAAGCUAAACCGGAGACGGGAUCUUAAUUAAUCCAGACGGGACCAACCACAGGAGCCGGGUAGCAGCAGUCAGUCACACCCUUGUCUGGGGUUAGUGAAGGAACCCUGUAUGCGCAGCAAUCUUAAAUUUCUACCCGUCACAUGUUACGAUGUUGUUUUUUUACGAAUAAAUGUUAGCUUCACACUGAAUUUGGAGCUUCGGACCAAUAUUGUGAGUUAACUGGGAAGUGUGGACUGGAUAUGACUGACUCAUCAUCAUGGCACGGACAGAAGAGAUAACCCUGAACAGUCCGUCUGCUGCAGUGCCAACCAGACAGCCUCGUAACUAGCUAGACAACUAAGUUACACAUUUGAUCGUUUCUAUUAUAUAUUUCACUUCGCGGUGAACGUGGCAUUAUGAAUACCCCGAUGUACACGUUUGUUUCCCGUGACGACAACAGCACGGUUUAUGCAGAAGUUUCCAAAAUCCUCCUCUCAACUGGACAAUGGAAGAGGCUGAAAAAAGACAAUCCCAGAUUCAACUUAAUGCUUGGGGAACGGAACAGACUGCCCUUUGGACGUCUGGGCCACGAACCAGGACUGGUUCAGCUGGUGAAUUACUACAGAGGAGCAGACAAGCUCUGCAGGAAGGCAUCAUUGGUCAAGCUAAUAAAGACCAGUCCGGAGCUGUCCGACUCCAGUAACUGGUUUCCAGAAUCCUACAUCAUCUAUCCUACCAACCUCAACACCCCUGUUGCUCCAGCUACAAAUGGCAUUAGCCAUCUGAAGAACAAUCCCAAGACGGAUGAGCGAGAAGUUUUCUUGGCCUCCUAUCACUCUAAAAAAGAAAGUGGGGAGGGCACAGUGUGGAUAGCCAAGUCUUCUGCCGGAGCUAAGGGUGCUGGUAUUUUGAUAUCCCAUGAUGCUAAUCAGCUGCUGGAGUACAUUGAUAAUCAGGGACAGGUUCAUGUUAUUCAGAAGUACCUGGAGAAACCUCUGCUUCUGGAGCCGGGACAUCGGAAGUUUGACAUCAGGAGCUGGGUGCUAGUGGACCAUCACUACAACAUCUAUUUAUACCGGGAGGGUGUGCUGCGGACGUCCUCAGAGCCCUACAACAGCUCUGACCUGCAGGACAUGACCAGCCACCUGACCAACCACUGCAUCCAGAAGGAGCACUCCCAGAACUACGGCCGAUACGAGGAGGGGAAUGAGAUCUUCUUUGAUGAGUUCAGGCUGUACCUGCUGAACACUCACAAUGUCACCCUGGAGACCAACAUAUUACCUCAGAUCAAGCACAUCAUAAAGAGCUGUCUGACAUGUAUCGAGCCGACAAUCAGCACCAAGCACCUGUCUUACCAGAGCUUCCAACUAUUUGGAUUUGAUUUCAUGGUGGACGAGAGCUUCAAAGUCUGGCUCAUUGAGAUCAAUGGAGCUCCAGCCUGUGCACAGAAACUAUAUCCAGAGCUGUGUCAAGGUAUCGUGGACGUGGCCGUUUCCAGCGUCUUCACCAUGAACAGCGGCGGUGACUGCCCAUCUGCUUCCUCUUCACCUUAUUCGUCCUCACCAUCCUCCACGUUCAGCACCAACUCCUGCUCCUCUCCCAAACUGAGAGGGCCUCUUCACGUGGGCCCUUUCACUCGGCUGUAAGCACACGUGAAUAUUCCCCUCGUCUCCUCCGUACACGCUUCUUUCAUGCUCUGUCCUCACUCCUCAACUCUAGCUGAGAAGCAGCACAUGGCAGCGAGCCCAGCCUUUAAUUGUACCUUGCCUGUCACGCCUGAAGGGAGUCUUUCUUUCUAUGGAGAUCACGGAGCGGCAGAAAUGAUCUCUGCUCUCCCGGUUUUGCAUAUUAUAAUGAAUGUGAGGAUGGGGACGAAUGGAUCAACAAACUUUUCCGGGAGUUUCUGAGUGAGGACAGACGCCCUUCCAUCUCAGUCCCACCACCAGUUUCUCCACAAGCAGAUUAAUGGAGGACUGAAGGAUGCAGAGACGCUCAAACUGAGACUGUAGUGCCUUACAUUUCCAGCCACGCUCUCUUAAAAAAAGACUGCCAGUUAGCUUGCUCUGUCUCUGUGGCUUGUACUUGUUCUAUACACCUUUGCACUGUUGCUCAGUAAA